AUGCUUUCGUUUUUUUUUCAUUUGUUUUUUUCUUUCUUUUAUUUAAAGUCUCUUCAUUUUUUUUUUGUUUCUCUUACUUUGCUUUUCUUUCCUUUAAAAUACUUCCGUGUUUUUAUGUUUGUUAUUUUUCUUGUUUUUCCUUUCAUUUCCGGAACAUUCUUUCCUUUUUAUUCUCCUUUCUCCAGUUGUUUCCUUUCUAUAAAUCCUUUCGUGUUUUGUUUUUUUAUUUCUCUUUUUCGGUCCUUGUUCUUUAUCAUCCUUUCUCAAUUUUAUUUGUUCUUUUUCUUGUGCUUUCCUUUCUUUAAAACCAUUAAUUGUUCUUCUUUGUCCUUUCUCCUUUUGACUUUUCUUUUCUUUAAAGUCCAUUCAUUCUUCUCUUUUGUUUCCUUUAUUUUCUUUUUUUUUUUCGUUUUUAUUCUUCCGCCUAUGAUUUUUUCUUUUUCUUUCUUUAGAUUUCUUAAAGUUUUUGUUCGUUCCUCUUUGCUACAUUUUCCUUUUCUUUCUCUAAAAUCUUUUUAUGUUUUUAUUUUUUUGUUCUUGCUUUUCAUUUUUUUUUUUUAUUUUAUUUUAAGGUCCUUUCCGUUCUUUUUGCUUCUUCUUUCUUCUUCUUCUUAUUUCUUUUAUUUUCCUCUCCUUAAGAUCGUUUUUUUUUUGUUUAUUCUUUCUCCGGUUUUUUCCUUUCCUUUGUUUAAAAUCCCAUCGCAGUUUUUUCCUCUUUCUCUUCUUUUUUCCCUCUUUCCGUUCUUUAAAAUCUGUUGGUAUUUCUUAUUUGCUUGUUUGAUUUACUUACAUACAGUUAGUCUGUCCCGUUUACAUGUUCUUGUUUCUUAUUCUUCUCUGCCUAUUUUUGUAUUCUUUCUCAUACUUUUUUAUCUAUCUAUCUAUCUAUCUAUCUAUCUAUCUAUCUAUCUAUCUAUCUAUCUAUCUAUCUAUGUCUUUCACAAUGUCGGGAAUAAUAUCUACGGUCCUUCCUGCAAAAUGGUCGUCUCUCAUUCUAUCUUCUUCUCACUGUUUAAAUAUUAUUCUAUCCGUUUUUAUUUCUCUCACUUUUACUCUCUAUUAACUUCUGUAUUUUUCUCGAUUUUGUCUAUCUCUCUCUUUCUCUUACUGUGUUUCUAUAUUUUUCUGUACCUCACUCUCUCGCAACCCCCCCUCUCUCUCUAUUUCUUAUACCAACCAAUCGCUUUCUCAUUGCCACUCUUCCUCUCCGCCUCUCUCUCUCUCUCUCGCUCUUUCUCUUUCUCUUUCUCUCUCUCUCUCUUCACAAUCGAAAUCUAUCUAUCUAUCUAUCUAUCUAUCUAUCUAUCUAUCUUUGUUUAUAUCUAUCUCUCUAUACCUGUUCAUCUCUUUUUCUCUAUAUAUCGAACUCAAAAAUGUUCACAUCUAUCUAUCUAUCUAUCUAUCUAUCUAUCUAUCUAUCUAUCUAUCUCUGUUUAUAUCUAUCUCUCUAUACCUCUAGCUAUCUAUCUAUCUAUCUAUCUAUCUAUCUAG